AUGGCUGAACUCCCUGAAAUUCCUGAGAUCCCUGCGGACUUAGGAAAUGACUUCCCCAGCAACUUGAUUCUCGAUAAACCGCCAGACGCCUCAACUCCCAGACAGCAGAAGUCCAGAGACAGCUCUAAUAACAAUUCCAACAUACCCAAGAACCCAAACAGUAUAGAACAGUGGAACGAACUCAUACGAAGAUCAGAGGACAAGUAUGACAAUUCAGGAGGUCAAGAAGAUCAAAGAAAGAAGUAUGCAUCAUCAACUUCAAAUGUCUACAGGCAGCUUCUAUCUAGAUUUCCCUUCCUCACCGAGCUGUGGAAACAAUUUCUGAUAUUCACAUAUAAGGCGAAUGGUCUCAAGGAGUCUUUGGCAGUUCUUGAGCUUGCAACAAAGAAACACCCACAGAGUAUCAGCAUAUGGGUGGAAUACCUCACUGCCCUAAUUAGUGCUGGUGAUGAGUUCUUCCCUGCAAACAGAAUUGACCAAGAGUUCUCCAGGGCAAAGACCCAGAUCGGCUAUAAUUUUCAUUCAGACCCGUUUUGGGACCUUUACAUUUCUCAUGUCUCGAAAAAGGAUGACCCAAAGGACCUAGUAUCCUUGUAUCUUUACCUUAUACACAUUCCGUUGUACCAAUACGCCAAAUAUUACAACCAAUUUGUCGAGAUGAACAAAACCUUCGAUGUGAAUGAAAUUGUCGAAGAUGAAAAGCAUUUGAAUAAGCUUCUACAGGCGUUUGACAAAACUAACGUUUCUGAGUUGUCAGCUCUUGAAAAAGGCCAAUUAAUCGACGAAUACGCCAAUUCAAUAUUUGUGGAAACACAAAGACAGGUCAAUGAAAAAUGGCCGUAUGAAUCGUCGUUGGGCUUCCAAGAUUUUCAGUUAUCUACUCCACCAGAUGUCGAGCCAUGGCUACGUUACUUGACCCAUGAACUAGACAUCCUCAAGACUUUGUCAGAUGAGAGUCAGAAGGUGCAUCAUCUCAGAUUCAUCUCGAAUCUCUUCGAACGCACAAUUGUUCCGAAUUGUUUCAAUAGUCAGGUUUGGUUGAAAUACUGUGAUUUUACAGAGACCCACCUUCCCUUCGAUGAAGCUAAGGGCGUGUAUGAUAGAGCUGUCUUCAAUUUUGUUCCUCUCAAUGAGCCGGAAGUCAGAAUAAAAUAUGAGGGAUUUCUCAUGAAGCAUGAGAUGUUCGACGUGUGUAACGAAUACUUGUUAGAUCUACUUCGCUUGUUUUCGGGAUCAACAGGUUACAACAUCUACUCCAAAGCUCCCUACAUGCAAACCUUGCAACAGCUUGUGUCAUUAUGGAACAAGCAUGUUGCUUCUGAUAAGUUAACCGGCGUACUUGAGAAUAUCAUCUCAGGAUUUUUUGAUCGGGUGGAUCGUUAUAAAAAAGAACCCACUGGAGAGCAAAAUGGUAAAGAUGAAAAGCAAUACGAACUCAAACAAGCAUUUAUCACCCUACUAUCCAAGUUAUUGAAUCAGGAUGGUAUAUCUGUUAUCACUGUUGCAUACCUUAAAUUGUUAGAGGCCGCUGGCGAGGUUGUACAAAUCAGACAAUUCUUCAACAAGUAUUUCAAGGAGCAGGCAUUUUCGUGGUCCGUACAGUUUUGGAAGUUUUUCGUCGACUUUGAAGGAUACAACCAGGUCAAUUUGGUUAACUUGAGGAGUAUCAUCAACAUCAUCAAAGAGAAAACUGCGCUACCACAAAGAGCAGUCGAGGGAUUUCUCGAGAUUUACCACGAGAUCGUGCUUAAAAAUCUCAAAAGUGCUAUUCUCUUGAAGGGUCCCAACGGCGAAGAUCUCCAUGACACACUCAUUAAUCUUGGUUUGGAGAAAUCCCAGUGCAGCGAAGCGAAUGGCGGCAAAUAA